AUGGCUAGUGCGGAGGAUGUGAAGCAGCGGCAGGUUGUUGAAGACCGUGCAAGAAAUAUUAGCCACAAUGUACGGUGCACUGAGUGUGGCAGCCAGUCCAUUGAAGAUUCGCAAGCAGAUGUUGCAGUUCUCCUUAGAAGGAGAUGGUUUUGUGAUAAGGAGAUAUACAAAAAACUAGAAGAAGACUUUGGAGAAACAGUUCUAUAUGCCCCUAAAUUUGAUCUUCAAACUGCUGCCAUAUGGUUAUCACCGGUCAUUGUGGGCGGCGUAGCAGCCGGUGUGUGGGCUUACCAAAAGCACAGGCAAAGGACCAACGUUCACAUCAUGGCUCUGAACCUCGUCCGAGGGGUUCCCCUGACUCCAAGGGAGAAGGAGACGAUGAUCGACAUCCUCACGCCGCCCCUGCCGGCAAGGAGGUGGUGGUGGCCUCUCAAAUGA